AUAUCAUAAAGUCCAACACUGAUCUGUGUCAAUUAUUUUUACCGGUGUCGACCUCUGCAAGCAUUUUCUUUGAAUACAGCAUGUGAAUUGUCAAAAGAUGAUAGCGUGACAAGUAUUUUCAGUGGAUGGUUUAUUUUAAUGGAUUUAAUGACUUCAUGGUAUUAAUUAACGACAAUAUAUAUUUUAUUGCGGUGACAAGCUCUUAACACGCGAAAUUCUAUUGGUUUUCUUUACUUGGCCUUUCCUUAUUCCGGUCUACCAGGAAAUAUGAUAAUUGCCCCUACAGUUGAUUAGCUGCUUGUGUUGAUAAUAACAUGCUGUUAAUAUAUGAUAAGCCCGUGUCGUAUAUGUCUGCACUCCAGUUGGAAUUAAUACCAGUGGAACAAUUUUUAGAUAGUUUGCGAUCGGUAUUUGAUAGCAAAGCAGUCCAAAAGGUGACAGAUGUGUUAUAAAAUAACCUGAAAAAUUAUUUCGGUCAUUCCAAUUUUUAUUGUUUACUUUGAAGCGUAUAAAUAAAAAGUUUAAGAUGUUUAAAAUCCUUUACUUAGGAUUAUGUUUAUUGUUUUUUGGAAAUUGCAUUGGUGAUUAUCCAGAUUGGGAUACAAAAUGGCAAAUGUUAUGUCCUGGUCUAUAUCCCAGAGCUUUUACAAGUUAUACACCUCGUGGGAAUCUUUCUAGUGGAAUAUAUAUUACUCAGCCACAUUUAACUAGUAUGAAACACUGUGUAGCUGCAUGUUGCACUAAACCCACAUGUAAUGUGGCACUUAUGCAUAAUGGCACUUGUUACCAUGUACUAUGUGAAAGUUCCAAAAUAUGUAUACCUUUGUAUAGAAAAGAUUUGGCAAAUGAAAAUCCACCAAGUAUGGUAUUGGUUAAACCUGUAGAAGAAGAUGAAAUGUGGAGUGAUUUAUUGGAUCAAACAAGUGAUGAUACAGGAGGGUUUCUCAUGGAUGGUACAGAAGGAGAUCACAUUCUUUUUGGUGGCUCAAAUGGAAUAAGUUGUAUCACUCAAACAAAUUGCUUAGAGCAUGAAGUAUGUGUUAAAACAGCAGAUAAGUCUGAUAUUGGAAUUUGUCAAUGUUCUACUGGAUAUAAACGUAAUAUAGCAGGAAUGUGUAUUUUGAUGGAAGACAUUGAACUUGGUGCAACACCGCAAGUGAAAGCACAAAAUAUAAAAGACUCUAGUACAUCUAUGAAACCACCAAUAAAAAGAUUGUUAGUUUCUGCAGUUUCAAAGGAAGUACGAUUACCAGAGAAUGAAGUAACAUUAUCUGCCUAUACUGUACCAGCAGAACAAGAAAAUGAACAUUACAAUUAUGCUUGGAGUCUUUUAAGUCAACCAGAUGGUCAUACUGGUAUAAUGACAGAUCAGAACCGUAUGACUGUCAAAUUAAGUAACUUAUCUGAAGGUUUAUAUGCUUUUAAAGUAGCAGUAAAUGGUUUAAAUGUUUAUGGUGAAGCAUAUGCAAAUGUUAGUGUUUUGCCACCUAAAAGAAUAAAUCAGGCUCCAAUUGCCAUAAUUUCACCUGCAUCACAAAUUGUGAAACUACCAAAUACGGGAGCUGUAUUAGAUGGCUCGUCAAGUACAGACGAUGAUCGUGUUAUUUCCUAUCAUUGGGAAUUACAACAAGGUCCUAUUGGAUAUCAUCCUAAUCUAGUUGAUACACCUACUUUACAAUUAGAUAAUCUUAUUCCUGGCAACUAUACCUUUAAAUUGACAGUUGAAGAUUCUAAUCAUAUCACUAAUUCUACAAGUGCUAAUAUAACAGUUGUGAAAGUAACUGAUUAUCCUCCUAGUGCAAAUGCUGGUCAAAAUAUUAUUAUAUAUUUACCUCAAAAUACAUUAACACUCAAUGGUAACUUAAGUACAGAUGAUCAUGGAAUAGCAAGUUGGGAAUGGACAAAGAGUCCCUCAGAUCAAAAUAAAGCAGUGGAUAUGCAAAAUACUAGAACACCAUAUUUACAACUGUCUAAUUUGGAGGAGGGAAUGUACACAUUUGUGCUAAAAGUAACAGAUGAUUCAGAACAGUCUUCUACAGCUGAGGUUCAUGUAUUUGUUAAACCACCAACGAAUAAACCACCAAAGGCUGAUGCUGGAGGAGAUAUAACUAUAGCAUUACCUGAAACAAAAACUGUGCUUGAUGGUCGGAAAAGUAAAGACGAUAUUAAAAUUGUAUCUUACCAUUGGGAGCAAAUAAGUGGGCCCAGCAAUGUUGAAUUCUCAGCAGUAAAUGAAUCAAUUACAAAUAUAACAAAAUUAACAAAGGGUGAUUAUAAAUUUAAAUUAACUGUAAUUGAUGAUAAUGGAAAUAAAGAUUCAGAUACAGUUGAAGUAAAAGUUACGCAAAAUAAAAAUGCUCCUCCAAAAGCAAAUGCUGGUGGAGAUCAAGUAGUUGUAGCACCUAUCAGUGCAUUAAUUAUUAAUGGAUCUCAAUCAACUGAUGAUUUAAGAAUUAAUGAGUGGAUAUGGAGUAGAGACCCAUCUAGUCUUGCUAUAGGUACUAUAAUUCAGAAUACUGACAAAUCAUCGGUUCUAAUGUUGACAGAUAUUGUACCAGGCAGAUAUGUUUUUAGAUUAAAAGUAAUAGAUGAUCAGGGUCUUAGUAGUGAAGACACUGUAUCUGUGAUAGUAAAAUCUGAUCCACAAUUGUUGCAUUUAGUUGAAUUGACGUUAAACAUCGGAGCAAAUAUGUUAACAGUAUCACAAAAAAAUUCAUUAGUAUUAAAAUUACAAAUGUUACUGCGAGAUGAAGCAUCAAUUAUUGUCCGAAAUUUAAGAGCGGAAUCACAUACUGGUAGAGCUGUUUUAGUGUUUUAUGUUGAAAAGAAAGGAGGAAAAGUUACUAUGCAUGGACCAGAAGUAGUUAAAAGAUUGAAAGAAAAAUUAAGACAAGAUUCAGGCCUUCUGCAAUUGUCUGUGGCGAAUAUUGAUACUGCUGUGUGUCAAAAUAAUUGUUCAGGUCAUGGUGUAUGUGAUCAAGAAACAAGAUUGUGCAUGUGUGAAGCAUUUUGGAUGCAAAAUUUAAUACAGAAAUAUUUUGGCAAUGGUGACUCUAAUUGUGAUUGGAGCAUUCUCUAUGUAAUAAUAGCAUUACUAUCUCUAGUCGUAUGUUGGGUUGGUCUUAUUUGGGGUCUUGUUUGCCUGUGUCAAAGAAUAUGUACAGGAAAACGUCGUUCAUUUCGCACGAAGAAAAAACCACCUCGUUAUUCUCUUCUGCAAUCGAAACCGGAAGACGAUAGUAGCACGUUUUCGACACACAAAAUGGUACUAUCUGAAUCGGAUACGGAUUCUGAUGAUGUCCUGUUUGAACACCGUAAAGUGAAAAAUAGCAGUCAAAUAAGAAACGGUAAAUCUCGAAAUGGUUUUAUUAAAGUGGGUUCUAGAGUGAAAACAUGAGGUAACAGGAAUGUAUAGAACGUAAGAUCUUGGUAAUCGACGCACAUUUCUGUACGUUUGGUCAAAGGAAAAAUAACAUAAAAUACUAGUCAGUUACAGGGCUGUAAUUUUAAGCAUAUACCUAACAAGAACAAUAUAAUUUCUUGGACAGAAGAAAUUGUCAUAUGUAAAAAGAAUAUAACGAAACUAGAUGUACUUAACUAAGUACUAAUUAGAAAAACAAAAAACACAAACUCACUUCAUUGCAUUGUUUGAUUUAUUCGAAAUAAUACACAUAUUAAUUAGUAUUAUGUACUCGUAUUUGAAAUUUUUAUUAUAUAAUUGUAGACGCACCGCUAUAUACACGCAAGCGGUAUAAUAGCACAAUGAUCAAACUUGGUUUGAUUACGGCCUUAGAAAGUAUUGGAAUUAGUAUAUAUAUAUACACAUACAUAUUCAUUCCUUAUUCAUAUGUAUAUCCCUUGAAUGUAAUAUUUGCUCUUUAAUAUGUAUAUCAUCAAUCUUAUUUUUACACUGCGUAUGGA